AUGACGACUCUGCUACUAUCGCGCACCGUGCAGACAUAUCGUCGAUUCCAACAGACCAGAAGCACCCUCAGACUUUCCACUACGAUGUCGAACAAAGUCGGAGUCGCUCUGAUAGGCAGUGGUAUCUUCAUAAAAGAGGAGCAUCUUCCCGCCGUCCAAGCCAGCGAUGAGCUCGAAUUGAAAGCCAUCUACUCUCGAUCACUAAAGUCAGCCGAAGGCGUCUCGGAAGGACUCUCGAACGUAGACCUGUACUCAGACGACUCAGAACCUGGCAAAGGGUUCAAAGAUCUCCUCGCCCGGAAAGAUGUACAAGCCGUCAUCAUCGCACUCCCAAUCAUGGUCCAACCCAAAUUCAUCCGAGAAGCGCUAGAAGCAGCCAAACACGUCUUUGCUGAGAAGCCACUCGCUCCUGAUGUCAAGACCGGGAAGGAGCUCGUGGACUGGUAUCAUUCCAACAUCGAUACGAAGAAAGUCACCUUCGGCGUAGCAGAGCAGUUCCGCUACCUGAACGCCUUCAUGUACGGAGCCGAACAAGCUCGAUUCUUUGGCAAAGUCAUAGGCUUCAGACAUAAACUAUCCGGCAACGUCAAACACGACAUGAAGUACAUGCAAACCGAAUGGCGCAAGAAGCCCGAACACCAAGGUGGUUUCUUACUAGAUGGUGGUGUCCACUUCAUAGCAGGGAUGAGACAAUUGCUAGGCGAGGAGGCGAAAGUGAAGAAAGUCUCCGCGUUCACGGCGUUGAACAAAGAGCAUCUACCGCCCGUGGACACAGUAGAUGCGACUUUCAAGCUCGCAAAUGGCUCGACGGGCAACUUUUCCGUGUCCUUUGGCACUACCUUCAAAGGCGCUGAGUGGGCUAUUGCUUGUGAGAAGGGAAGUAUCACUAUUGAUGGAAGUAAGGUCACCAUCACGCCACUGGACGGAGAGGCGAAAGUGGAGGAGAAACCUGAUACGCUCGGGGGCGUGAAGCAGGAGGUCUUCGCUUGGGCCAAGAGCCUAGUCAGUGGGAAGCAGGAAGAUAAGCAGAAGCCUGAGGAGGCGCUGGCGGAUCUGGAAAUUCUCGAGACCAUGUUGAAGAGCGGAGAGGCUGAUGGGCAGCCAAUUGAGCUGAAAUAUCAGAUUUGA